GGAUCGAUCCGCCCACUUCUUCCAAGCAGGCAGACAGCAAAGCAACGCCAAGGAAAGCGUUGGUUGACGGUGCUGCGUUUGGAAGCUGCGUAACAAGCUCGUCCUCUUUAUACAGGAAAAGACUAGAAAUUUAACGCAGGGAUAAAUUUGGCGACCGGAGAAUAAGAUGAGAAGGCGAAUAGAGUUGGCUUUGGGGCUACUUUGCUUGCUAGUUUCCCAUUUGUGUCCAUGCUCGGCGUUCUAUCUUCCGGGUUUAGCCCCUGUUAGCUUUUGCGAAGAAGGCAAAGGGGGAGAAGAUUGCCAGACCGAGAUCCAGCUGUUUGUCAAUCGCUUGGAUUCAGUGGAGUCAGUCUUGCCUUAUGAAUACGACGUCUUUGACUUUUGCAAGGAUGCAAAGGAAAUGAGGCCUUCUGAGAAUCUUGGACAGGUGUUGUUUGGAGAACGCAUCGAGUCUUCGCGGUACAAGUUCAACUUCAAACAAGAUGUCAAGUGCAAGCCUGUGUGCACAAAGACCUACAAGAAGGAGAGCCAAGAGGACGUAACCAAGCUGGACUUCCUUAAGAUGGGAAUGCAGCUCAACUAUCAGCACCACUGGAUUGUUGACAACAUGCCGGUCACGUGGUGUUAUGAUGUGGAAGAUAAUCAGAAAUACUGCAACCCGGGCUUCCCUAUUGGCUGCCUGGUUACCAGUGAAGGCAGACCUAAGGAUGCUUGUGUCAUUAAUGCCGAGUUCAACAAGAAGAACACAUUUUACGUGUUCAACCACGUAGACAUCAAGAUCACUUACCACAGUGGGGAGGCAGAUGGAUGGAGAGGAGCUCGGCUGGUUGCUGCCACCCUGGAGCCUAAGAGCAUCAAACACCCAGAUGAGAACAACCCAAACUGUGAAGGUGGCACCCCGAUGGAGGUACCUGGCCAGUUUGACAGCGAUGUCUCCAUCGUUUAUAGCUACUCUGUCACUUUUGAGGAAAACAAUAAAAUCAAGUGGGCUUCCCGGUGGGACUACAUCCUGGUCUCGAUGCCCCACACAAACAUCCAGUGGUUUAGCAUCAUGAACUCCUUGGUCAUCGUCCUUUUCUUGUCUGGCAUGGUUGCUAUGAUCAUGCUGAGAACGCUGCACAAGGACAUCGCCAGAUACAACCAGGUGGACCAGGAAGACGCCCAGGAGGAGUCUGGGUGGAAGCAGGUGCAUGGGGAUGUGUUCCGGCCACCCAGGAAAGGCAUGCUGCUUUCCAUAUUCCUCGGACAGGGAACACAGAUCUUCAUCAUGACCUUCAUCACGCUGUUCCUGGCCUGCCUGGGCUUCUUGUCCCCAGCCAACAGGGGCGCCCUGAUGACGUGCGCCGUGGUCCUCUGGGUCUUGCUGGGCACCCCUGCUGGCUACGUGUCGGCACGCCUUUACAAAACUUUUGGCGGUGAGAAGUGGAAGACAAACGUCCUGUUGACAGCGCUCUUGUGCCCGGGGAUUGUGUUUGCCGACUUCUUUCUGAUGAACCUGAUCCUUUGGGUGGAGGGAUCCUCGGCAGCCAUCCCCUUCGGGACCCUGGUGGCAAUCCUGGCCCUGUGGUUUGGAAUUUCCGUGCCGCUCACCUUCAUCGGUGCCUACUUUGGCUUCAAGAAGGCAGCAAUCGAGCAACCGGUGAGAACCAAUCAAAUCCCUCGUCAAAUUCCCGAGCAGUCGUUCUUCACCAAGCCCAUCCCUGGAAUAGUCAUGGGGGGCAUCCUGCCCUUUGGAUGCAUCUUCAUCCAGCUCUUCUUCAUCCUCAACAGCAUUUGGUCCCAUCAGAUGUACUACAUGUUUGGCUUCCUCUUCCUGGUUUUCAUCAUUCUGCUCAUCACGUGCUCAGAGGCCACCAUUCUGCUCUGCUACUUCCACUUGUGUGCUGAGGACUAUCACUGGUGGUGGCGUUCCUUCCUGACCAGCGGCUUCACUGCUGUCUACCUCUUCAUAUACGCAGUGCAUUAUUUCUUCUCCAAGCUGCAAAUCAUCGGCGCGGCCAGCACCUUCCUCUACUUUGGAUAUACCAUGAUCAUGGUCCUCAUCUUCUUCCUCUUCACAGGUACAAUCGGCUUCUUUGCAUGCUUCUGGUUUGUAAAUAAGAUCUACAGCGUGGUCAAGGUGGACUAGACGACAAAUGGAGUGAGAGUCAGACUUGAGUGGAAGCUGUCAGAUGGCCGCCCCUCCUCCGAGGCGUGGGUGUGUCAUCCAUGUGUUUUGAAGGACCAGAAGUGAGACAUCAUUAAAUCACAAGACCCAAGAGCCGAGCCCGUCCUCUUUCUGUGCUUUAAACCUCUCUUGCUCUUUUUAAAUGUUUUUUUCUCCCAGCGUUCACUUGACCCGAUCAUCUUCUUGUCUUAGUGAACAGAUUGUUUUGGUGGCUUGUUUUUUGAAAGGUAAUGUCUAUUUAGAUUUUCUAUUCCAUUACAUGUCAAAUGUUGGGGCUUUUCUUUGGACUGUGAAGAUGGGAGAAAAGCUAAGCGCUUGUACAUAUAUUGUAUAGAUGCAAAGAAGGCUUUUAGCUACAGAUUGGCCUUGCAAUCCUGGACGAUAUCAGCGUGUAAUUGUAGGGGAGACAUUUUCUAUGUCAACAUUGAAUCCAGUGGGAGGGGGUUGUUUAUUACGGCAUGUUCCAAAUUCACUGCUGAUUAUAAGUGCAUUGUUUGCAACACUGUUGUCACUCCAUCUGAUGUUUAGCAAAUAUAUAAUAUGAAUGUAUUUCUA